GGCGGCUUUUUACUGCCGCGGCACGUCUGCGUUUCACAAGCCCCCAGGAAAAAAAGCAGAAAAUCUUUGAAGUGAUGUGUGCAUUUGGAGCAUUCAGAACUACAACCUGAUGCGUGGGGGGUGGGAGGAUGGGAGUGUCGCACUGCAAGUCUACAUCGGGCAGCCAGAAAGAGAGAGUGGCUAACAAUUUCGCUCCUUUCAUCCACCGGCAAAUGAUUCGGCAAAAUCAACCCUGUGAGAUGCCCUCAAAACUGGGAGCUACUCGCACCGGAAAACCACCAAGUGCUUCAGUUAAAAAUGCUAUGCCUCGUCUCAGCGGCCGUAAGCCAAGGAUGGUCGCUAAAAAUGGCACCAAUUCAAAUCCACCUGACCUCUGUCUGUCAACGGAGUCUAGGGAGAAGGCGGGGGCUCGGUUUACAGUCUCUAAAGCCCCCCACUGGGGCUUGGCACUCGGGGAUUCCUUCCCAGAGCCGGAAAGGGAACACCAGCCACCCAGACGGCCACUGAAGUUGGCCCCACUGGAGUUCGGUAGAGAGGUGACAGAGUCCCAGAAGCAGAAGAUCAAGGAGGGAAUGCAGGAAACCACUGCCAGUGUAAGGAAGCUGCAGGCAGAGGAGCAUGAGCCUGUCCUCAGGACAGCCAAGCCGAGUGCAAAGAACUGCUUUCCUAAGUCCCCAGAGCACUCUUCCCACAAGACACCUGGACAGCCCCCCAGGGCCCAAAAGUCCACCAAGUCGCUCCUGCCGGCAUUCCAGGUCAAGCAGCACGCUGCACCAUUGACGAGGGAUCGCCCCCUCCCCCACGUGGCCCCUUCCCCUGAGCUCCACACUGGAGCUCCUGGCAGAGUUGUGGAGCAGAGCAGGCAGGAGUCCGUCGCACGGCCGGAUGCCAGCCUGAGGUACCAGAGGCUGCGCAGGGCUAAGGGCGUCGAUGAAGACCAGAACAAACCGGAAACACCGACAGCUGAGGAUGACGGAAAGCUGCCCGCGAGGAACGCUAUGGGCGGGCGCGCGGAGACAGUGCUGAAGGAGGCCGGCUGGACGCUGGGCCGGUCCAGGAAGCCGAGUCACAAGACAGAGAUAAAGCCCAGAAAAGCCACCUUGGACAAAUAAGCAACAUCUGCCACUCAAGUACAGCUAAGGCUGCUAAGGAACAAAUGAAAAGAAGCACAUUUUAGUUUUUUCGCUUAUUUAAAAAGAAACGUCCGUGCAUUACACUAUCCGUCAUAUGCAGGGUUACCAUUCAUAAGGAUUUCAUAUUAAAGUAUUAGUCAUUUCUGAAUUCUUGCAGCAGAUAAUUACAUAGAGUAUUGAGAUAAAUAUGGGUCACUGAGAAAGGCAGAAGACUCUAUUAAGGGUAGAUGACAUGUGUUACAUUUCAGAAGGAAGACUGGGGGACAUUUGAAUAAUGAACCAAUGAGGCCAAGCGGAUAU